AUGUGGUUACUUUACUUCUUUGGCUUAGACAUCGGUUUGCUUUUGCAGAGUAAGGCGGGACCCGUCCUAUUAGCAAUCAAUCCCUUCAAAGAUGUUCAAAUUUAUGGAGACGAUUAUGUCACUACUUAUAGGAACAAGAUUUUCGUGAACCCUCAUGUAUAUGCUACAGCUGACACUGCUUACAACAAUAUGAUGAAAUAUGGUAAAACCCAGUCUAUUGUUGUUGGGGGUGAAAGUGGAUCUGGAAAGACAGAAACAUCAAACUUUGCACUGCAGUAUCUGGCAUCUGUUGUAGAUGUUUAUUCAUCUUUCACUUCAAAGGCAAUGUCAAGACAUUUUAGGUGUUUAAGAGAUGGAAUUGUAAGUCAGAUCAAGGUGACAAAGAAGGCGAUGGGAGAAAAAGACAUUUCUUCCCUUGAUGCAAUGAGAGGAGAGACUCCCAGAUUAAGGGUUCUUGAUCAGACAUUGAGGCAACAACGGGCUUUCCAACAGAUUACGAUGAUGGAUAGCCACCCAUGGUGUCCUCAACGUGGGUUGCCUGAGUGA